AUGGCCAGCACUCCGCCCUCCACCCCGCCCUCCAGGGACGACGACCGCCCGACGCUGCCCGUCUCCCAGCCGCGCUCGUCCCCUCGCUCGCCCCCGCGCAACGGCGCUCCCCCGGCCCCCAUCUCGCCCCCCAAGCCCUCGAUCUCGACCUCGACCCUCGCCUCCUCAAAUUCGACCUCGACCAGCCUCUCGUCCUUUUCUUCGACCACGUCCAUCGCCUCGAACGACCACCGCACGCCCAAUGUAUACAUCAACGGUCUCCCGCCCAACUUUCCCGAGGACCAGCUCUACGCCAUGACGAACGAGUUUGGUCCCGUCAUUAGCGUUCGCACCUUUACGCGUCACGUCUCUGACCGCCCUUCCGGCUACGGAUUCGUUCUUUUCGAGACGUGCGACGCCGCAGAGGCCUGCAUCGAAGCCCUCCGCAAGUAUCGUAACCUUCAUCCCUCGUUCUCCAAGCAAGUACACAAGAUUCCCGGUACCGUGUAUGCGAAUGUCCCCUCUGCGCCCGCUGCCGCCACGGACCCCAGCGGCGCCGAGACGUUCAAGGCUCGCAUGGAACGUCUGAAGGACUCUGGCUCCACUAACCUGUACAUCGAGGGCCUCCCGCUCAGCAUCGACGAAGCGACACUCGGCGCUCUGGUCGCUCCUUACCCUAUCAAGAGCAGCCGCUUUUUCCAGACGCGACUGAGCCACCCGCCUAGGAUCAUCGCCUUUGUCCGACUGGAAAGCCGCACGGCGUGUGAAGAAGUCAUUGAGCGCCUGCAUGGUCGCAUGGUUCGUGGCUGGAACGACUCUGGCAGUCGCAUUUCCGUACGCUUUGCCGACUCGGCAGAGCAGCGUGACUUGCGCGUAUGUCGCAAUGAGCGGAGCAGCCGUGACACUGGCGACGCGUCGGCGGCCCGCCUGACCAUGGCCCAGGCCGCCUUGCUCAGUCUCCGUGGGCAACAGGCUCAGCAGUCGCCCGUCUUGUCGCCCGUCCCGAGCGUCCCGCCCCCGAUCGGCCUGAACCGCGAGCGCCAGUCACCCCGCCCCGGCUCCGCUGAACGUUCCGCGCUGCCUGUGCACCCGCUCACCGCCGCCUACCAUCAGCAGCAGCGUUCGCCGCUCCUCAACGGCGUUCCCGCCAACACUGAGAUCAACCUCUCGGUCCUUCGCGAGACAGAGCAGAAGAACCACGGCUUCACUGCGCUCGAGCAGCACCUCAUCUUGCAGGCUCAGAUUGAUGCUCAGCGUCAGGCUCUGGCUGAUCUCCGUCUGCGCUCGGAUCCCAUGGCCACGCCCACUGCGACCCGCCCGCUUGACCGGCUCAGUGCUCUCUCGUCGAAGGAAUUUGUGCCUCGUGGACUCGUCGGCCGUCAGGCUUCGCCGGCUUCUCAGCAGGCCCAGUCUCAGCAACGUAUCUCGUCGAUGAGCGAGGAGGAGUUUCAUCGCGGCGAACGCGGACUGCCGAAGCAGGAUGCUGUCUCCGCCUUCAACAACGGCGGUGUCUUCUACGAGUCGCGUGCCCCGGUCGCUCAGCAGAGCCACACGCGUUCGUCGACGCUUCCACCUCAGCUCAUGCACGGAAAUGAGAACGGUCCGACAAUUCGCAAUGAAUCGACGCCGUCGGAGGCUCGUCUCGCUUCGCUCCUCUCGCCGUCACUUCGCCAGGGUUCAACACCACUCAACAUCUCGGUGCCCGGGCACGCCGGAGGCUCUGCGGAGGACUCGCCGCUUCUCGUGCCGUCGCCGGCUUUGACGUACAACUCCUCAGCUUCGUCAGCUGCUUUGAGCCCCGCAACGCCCUUCUUCGGAAGCUUCGCUAACAACGAGGCGGGCUUUGGCCACGGCGGAGUGUACCGUGUCGAAGGCGCUGACCAGGAGAAGGGCGCCGAGGCCACUCCGGUCAAGUACCGCGGUGUUGGGGUUGGGCUUGAACCUGCCGCCGCCGCGUCGCACACGCAGUGA